AUGAAGGUCUUCUCACUGUUUUUGUUGACAUACUUGGGAGUCUCCCAUUGUAUGGGCACCGGAAACGCUCCUCUUCCUGACGUUGUCCUUGAUCUUGAGAACCUUGACCCUUUGAAUGUAUGCAAACAUGAAAAUGUAGUGGACGGAGUUACCUACACCUGCUACUUUCCUAGCGUCGGUGGCAUAUUCGGAAAGGUCUUGGACGGAGAAGUCACUCUCUGGGAAGCUGAAGGAGAAGAGAGAUGCACCGGAGUAUCCUCAAGGUCUGUGGGCGACUCUGUCCUUCUCACCCUCUCCGUAUUACCACCUGGUGGUAGACUCGGACUCAAGUACUGCAUGAAGAGGCAUGAUGGAAAGUGGGAAAAUGCUGAAAAGGAUAGUUUCUUCAAGAAGCUUGGUGGAGUGAGAGGAAUUUCUAAACCUUCCACUUUAGCACUUCCUAGUGAUGGAACUCAGUCUAAGGGAUCCAGAGCAGCCCCCUUCGUUUUGGACCUUUCAAAACCUGAUGAGGCAAAGUUAGAUGUAUACAAACAUGACAUUGAUAAAGUAGUUCUUAAGGAUUAUUUCCCACUAAGGGAUCAUAUUACUUCUGUCGUAGAAUCUGGAACUUCUGUUUGGAGGGCUGAAGCCGACCAAAAGUGUUUCCUUGCCAAGUCUUAUACAAAGGAAAAGCACAUACUGUUUUCCGUAUGUAUAAAGAAUAAUAAUGGAUACGUUGACAAGUACUUUGAAAAGGCUGAUGGAGUAUGGAAUGAGGUCGAUAGGGAAGUAUUCAGUGAGAAGGUAAGGGUACUAUUGGGAAUAUCCGAAUGAUAGAUUAAUAAUUCCAUUUCUGAGACUACCUAUUUCUAGAAGAUAGUUGUCCCUAACGUUUCUCAUUGUCUACAUGCGUUUUGGCAUAGUAUGUGAUUCUGAAUGAUAAUCUAGUUGAGACAGAUCGCUCUUUUGGACUAGUUUGUUAAAUCCUCUGAAAGGUUUUGCUUAUGGAUAUU